AUGAAUGUCCGAAAACAUGUCAAAGUUCAACUGGUGAAUUCAGCCAAACGUCUAAAGAAACUCUGUGCUGAACCAACAUUUGAUGCUUUCAAAAUUUUCAAUCCAGAUUUGGCUGCUGUUCACUUGAAAAAGACAACACUGUUUUUGAAUCAACCCCUCUGUGCUGGCUUUUCCAUUUUGGAUCUCUCAAAGAUCCAUAUGUAUGACUUUCAUUAUAAUUUUAUCAAACGUAACUAUGGAGAGAAAGCCCAGCUCUGUUUUACUGACACUGACUCGCUGUGUUAUGAAAUAGAAACCCAUGACCUGACUGCUGACAUACAAGAAAAUAUUGAUCUGUUUGACAUCAGCAAUUAUAAAUCUAACCAUCCCCUAUAUUCCAAAACUAAUGAAAACGUUCUGGGAAAAUUUAAAGAUUGUGAAACAAGUCGAGAUCACCAACUGUACACAGCUUCUAUCAAUAAGAUCAGCCUCUCCCCUUUUGAUGAUAAGAGAUAUGUCCUCAAUGAUGGAAUCCACACACUGGCCCAUGGUCAUUAUAAAAUUGAUUCUUAA